AGCAGACGACGUUGAGCAUUCAGCAGCGCCAUGUGCUGGCGUUUUAACGGCUCGAUAAAGAACCAGCGCGUGACGGAUCACGGAUGCGAACGUUCGAUACGUCGGGCUUAGCGAUUGACCGAUUUUUGAAGAUAUAAUUUCCACGAGCAAAAAUGUCUAAAAAACCAGGUGCAACACAGGCCCUCCAUAAGGUCAUAAUGGUGGGCAGCGGAGGUGUUGGAAAGUCCGCCUUGACUCUACAGUUUAUGUACGACGAGUUUGUUGAAGAUUACGAGCCCACAAAGGCUGACUCCUACAGGAAGACUGUUGUAUUGGAUGCGGAGGAAGUACAAAUAGAUAUUUUAGACACAGCAGGUCAAGAAGAUUACGCAGCUAUUAGAGAUAAUUAUUUCCGCAGUGGCGAAGGCUUUCUUUGCGUAUUUUCUAUAACAGAAGAUGAUAGUUUUCAGGCCACUCAGGAGUUUAGGGAACAAAUUCUGAGAGUAAAAAAUGACGAUCACAUUCCCUUUCUGCUGGUGGGAAACAAAAGCGAUCUCCAAGAAAAACGAAAAGUCAAUCUAGCCGAGGCACAGGCUAGAUCACAACAGUGGGGUGUUCCUUAUGUUGAGACUAGCGCAAAAACAAGAGAAAACGUUGACAAGGUAUUUUUCGACCUAAUGCGUGAGAUAAGGUCUCGCAAGAUCGAAGAUAAAUCUGCAAGUAAUGGCCGUGGAAAGGAUCGUGCUAAGAGAAAGAAAAAGAUCUGCAUAAUUCUAUAGGUGUUCUUUGACUUAAUGCGAGCAAUAGCUGCACGCAAGGCUCAAGAAAAUCAGGGUGAGGGGGGUGAACGGAAGAAGAAACCAAGUUGCUGCAUACUACUUUAACAUAUUAAAAAACAACCAUAAUUUGAAAUCGCUGCUGGGUAUCUCUUAGCGAGAUAUGAUAAAAUAAAUAUCUCCUUUAUUCCAUAGCAUGGAGAUAUUCACAUUUCUACAGAAUGGGAUGAUAAUCAUUCGGCCUUGACAUCUGCUUAUGCCAUUUCUAAUGAAUAUGUCAUACAAUUCGCGCAGCUGUAAUUUAUACACUCAUCAGUGGCUGUAAUGUCUUCAUCAAUACAUGAUAAAUGCCCAAUUGUAAAAAUUAAUUUAAAUGUACACCUAUAUGUAUAUGCACAAGAAAUGUGCAAUGCUUGUGCCCUCUAUUCUGAUAAAUUUGGUACAAAGUAAUUUGCAAUUAUAGAAACCUCACAUAAUUUCCACUGCUCAUAUCUGAACAUGCAAAUAUUUUUGCAUCAUUUUUGUACAUGUGUAAUACCUACUUGUCGUCUGAUCCCAUUGCACUGUCAUUAUACUCGACUGACAAGUUGAAAAUUAUUUCAUUUGUAUAUGUAAUGCAAGUAUGCUUGUAUAUUAUAUGAUUACCGUAAUUUAAUUUUUCGUAUCAUUACAAAAAAAAAAAAAAAAAAAAAAACAAUCAAUACAAUUGAUUUCCGUUCAAUGCUGACAAAAUUUUUAAUGAUAAAUAUAAACGUGUAGCAAUAAGUAUUGUAAACUUAUAGACUUAAUUCAAAAACAAUUAAUUCGGAAAGUUCUUCAUUUUUGGAAAGUAAAUGCAUUCUUAAUUAAUUAUUUAAACGCAAGUGACAGAAAUCUUGUGAUCAAUAAACUAAACACAAUAUUAAAAGUAUUAUAUUUUCCCAGUGACAUAAGCUCUGUAAAUUUUUUUUUAUGUUAAAUGCAAUACAUAAAUGGCGUUGAACAUUA